AUGACUUCGCUUCCCUUCCGUCGCCCGUCGAGGCAGCCCUCGCGAGGAGCGUCAAUGGACGAGCGAGAGAACAUCCAGCUCCAGAUGGAUUAUUACAUUGGAAUCGACGUCGGCACCGGAAGCGCUCGCGCUUGUAUCAUCGACGACAAGGGUGAUAUUGUCGGCCUGGCUUCGGAGAAUAUUGGCCUGUGGCAGCCUGAGCAAGGCUACUAUGAACAAUCCACCACCGAUAUCUGGCGAUGCAUCUGUAUCUCGGUACAGAGAGCCAUCAGCCAGCACAACGUCAACCCCGAGUGGGUUCGUGGCAUUGGCUUUGAUGCCACUUGCUCAUUGACCCUCUUCAACACCGACACCGACGAGCCUGUCUCCGUGACCGGUCCCAAUUUUGACACUGAUCGCAACGUUAUUCUCUGGCUGGACCACCGUCCUAUCGAAGAAACCGAAAAGAUCAAUGCCACAAACCACAACCUGCUCCGCUAUGUUGGUGGCAAGAUGUCCAUUGAAAUGGAAAUCCCAAAGGUCCUGUGGCUGAAAAACCACAUGCCCAAGGAGCUCUUCGAGAAAUGCAAAUUCUACGAUCUUGCCGAUGCCCUCACGCACAUUGCCACUGGAAAUGAGAAGCGAAGCUUUUGCAGUGUUGUGUGCAAGCAAGGCUUCGUGCCUGUUGGUGUCGACGGUAGUGUCAAAGGUUGGCAAGACGAUUUCCUUACCGAAAUAGGUUUGGAAGAUCUCGUGACUGAGAAUUAUAAGCGCAUGGGAGGAGUUAAUGGGGUGAAUGGUGAAUACCUUAGCGCUGGAGAGCUCGUUGGCCAGUUGUGUGAAAAGGCUGCCGCGGACCUGGGACUCCCCAGUGGCAUUGCAGUCGGUAGUGGUGUCAUCGAUGCCUAUGCUGGGUGGAUCGGCACAGUCGGCGCCAAAGUCAACCUAGAAGGCGAUGAAUUAGACCCAGAAGUUGCGAAAAACGACCGUACCCAAGCCUUUAGUCGUUUGGCUGCCGUCGCGGGCACCUCAACUUGCCACCUUGCCAUGUCUCCCAAUCCAGUAUUCGUCCCUGGAGUAUGGGGCCCAUACCGCGACACCAUUUUGCCCGACUUCUGGAUGGCCGAGGGAGGACAAUCGGCCACUGGAGAGCUACUCAAGCAUGUCAUCGAGACUCAUCCCGCCUUCAACCAAGCAAUCUCCAUUGCUGAGUCGUACCAUACCAACAUCUACGAGUACCUAAACGAGCACUUGAAGGAGAUGAUGGAGGAUCAAAAGGCCCCUAGUAUUUCCUACCUUGGCCGCCACUUCUUCUUUUACGGAGAUUUGUUCGGAAACCGCUCUCCCAUUGCGGAUCCGUCCAUGUCGGGAGCUGUCAUUGGACUUACGAGUGACAAGUCCGUGGACAGUCUGUCCAUUUACUACUAUGCCACACUAGAGUUCAUCGCAUUGCAGACGAAGCAAAUCGUGGAUAGCCUGAAUGAUGCUGGCCACAACAUCAACUCAAUCUUCAUGUCCGGUUCUCAGUGCCAGAAUGAGAUCCUAGUGAAGCUGAUCGCGUCCGCUUGUAACAUCCCUGUUCUGAUUCCUCGCUAUGUUCAGGCUGCUGUCUGUCAUGGUGCUGCCAUGCUGGGUGCCAAAGCCGCUAGUGCUGAUUCCCAAGGCAAGACGGAAGAUCUAUGGACUAUCAUGGACAAAAUGAGCAAGCCAGGAAAAAAGGUUGUCCCGACAAAGGAUGUCCACGAGACGGCUUUACUCCAGGCCAAAUACAAAGUCUUCCUUCAGCAAUGCUACAAGCAGAAGGAAUACAGGAACCUCGUGGACGAGGCAAUUGGAACAUGGACCAAGUAG